GCGAACGGCGCGGCGGAUCCGGGCUUGGUAUGCAUCAAAAAUCAUGGUUAGUGCGGGGGGUGGGGGGAGCAAGCUGACAGUUUUCCUUUAAAUGUAGAGGUUGCUGCAUAACAGAAAUCAUAUAAAUUUGGCAUCACUUUAAUGAUCACAACCUGCUAAUGAAGUUAACAUAUUAUUUAUACCACAUAGGAACACUAUAAAAAAAAUCCAAAAAGACAAUAUUUAUAUUGAUAUUUGUUCUUUUCUCAUACAAAUAAAAUGUGUUAAGCUUGCUUUUCUUUUAAAUAAGCUUAAAGGUACAUUCACAGAUACAAGACCUGCUGCCUAUUUUAUGGAGCUGAUUUUGCUACCCAUUGAAGUUAAUGAGUAGCAAAAUCAGCUGCACAAAAUAUUCAGCAAAAAUAUGCAGCAGAUCCUGUAUACAUACACUUAAGAAGUAAAACUUUUUAGCUUCCCUCCGUGCAUACAUUGUUUUAAAAUACAGUGGUAAGUCCAAUGUAGAAAUGACUGCAGUUGCUAAGGGGUUAAAUUUGCCCUAAGGCUCAUGAGUUCUAUUGGCUAUAUUUUUAUGACCCCUACAUUCAAAAUAAAUUUUUCAUUUUUUUUUUUUUUUUUUUCUUUUUUCAAUUCUAAUGUGAGUGUGACUGUUUGGGCAUGCUGGGAGUUUUGCAACAGCUGGGAGCACACUGUUUGAAAAACACUGUUCUAAAAGUCAUUACAGUUGUCUGGAUAACAAAUUAUACUUAUUUUGUUUCUGCCAAUCCUUAUUACCAGUCCUUCCGAGAAAGGUCCAGACUGCUAUUAUGGAAAAGCUGUUUUAGAAGGUUAAGAACAUUUUCAAGGUACAUUAUGGGCUAAGGGGUGUUCCAGUAAAAAAAUAAUAAUAAUCUAUUAUGCUGGAGGAAACACUGCAGCGCCGGUUUUAGCAUCGUCCAGCCCUCACUGCUCGUCUCUUUCUGUUUUUGAGACGAAAGGUCUCAGCAGGACCUGACCACACAGCCAAUCACUUGCUAUGACUGGACACCGCUGUGCAAGCAAGUCCUGUCUUAGAAGCAAGAAGAAGAGACUAGCUGCAGGAGACUGCGAUGGAGGUGACUUCCACCCCCAGCCAGCAGGACUAUACACUCUCAGGGUCAGCAGGAUGGAUGUGGACAGCAAUCACUUAAAUGAAAGUGCAUUAAAGCUUGCCCUGAAGAUCAUGUACCUGCUGACAGGAGAGGUUUACGUUAUCAUUAAAAAACUUGGUGACCAUGCAACAUCAGGUAGUAUACCCCAUGUGUCAGAAGGAUGGAACUUGGCCCAGAACACACUCAUGUUGCCUUCAACGAUUCCAGAAACACUUAAGAAGAACAAUAAGAACAACAUCCUAGAACUCGCCAAAAAGAUAAUUGCACUGCUGACUAAAGAGGUUCCUAUGAGGAGUCAGGAUGUCACAGUCUAUUUCUCCAUGGAGGAGUGGGAGUAUUUAGAAGGACACAAGGAUCUGUACAGGGAUGUCAUGAUGGAGACCCACAAACCUUUCACAUCACAGGGUGGUUUCAGCAGGAGAAAAACUGAGACCUAUCCUACUCAUCCUCACUGUUACCAGGAAGCUAAAAAGGAAAAUCACAGUAGUAGUUCACAGGAUCACCAGGAUGGAAUCGCAAAGCGUAUUAAAGUUGAAGUUGAAGACCCACAUCAGAUCAGUUACCCUCAUCCAUGUAAGGAGGAAGUAGUUCCUACAGCUAUAUGCCCUGAAGUAUCCUGCACAAGAAAUACAUCCAAAGAAUGUCCCAAUAAUCCACUUUUAUUGUGUAAGGCUGAAGCGGAUACAGACUCUAUCCAGAUAUCUCCUCAAAGCUAUAAGCAUCAGCCUUCAUCAGCGUCGGUUUACCAAGACCUGAUGAUGUAUAAGGAAAGAAGUCAAGUGAUUAAGAGGAUCAUGGAGCUCACAAUGCAGAUCAUCUAUUUGCUUUCUAGAGGGGAAUAUGUAAUUCUAAAGUCAUCUGGAGAGCAUGUUAUACCCAGCGGUUCCAUCCAAGGGGUGACCGUGCAGAAAGGUAUCCAGCGGACCCUCAUGCUGCCUGCACCUAACUCCUUAACCCAUGAGCUACAUAAUGAACAGAAGAUCUUAGAAGUCACCAACAAGAUCAUUGAGCUGCUGACUGGAGAGGUUCCUUUAAGGUGUCAGGAUGUCACUGUAUAUUUUUCUGUGGAGGAGUGGGAGUAUUUUGAACAACACAAGGAUCUGUACAUGAAGCGCUUUACAUCACCGGGUUAUCGCACCAGUCAAGGUUUUAGUAAAAGAGAUCCAGCUCCUUGCAGAAAUACAUCGCACAGUACACCUUAUGGCCAACAGAAUACAUUUCAGGGUGAUACUGAUUUUUCUGACUCUGAAGAGACAAUAUCUGACAGUGAAGAUUAUGAAGACGAUGAAAGCCAGUCAGAAGGAGAAACAGAAGAUGAAGUUCCCUUGUCAAAAAUAAAUGAUCCGGACUUGCAAGUUCUCUUGAAUCGAUUACGGAAAAUAGUUAAGGAGUCGGAAGAUUAUAACCCACAGUGCUUUCAAAAUGACCCAGAGUGGGGACCAGGAUUUUAAAGAAUGCCUACUGGUCUUUCAGAUGUUCAAAACAUACCACGAUUGACCCAAAUAUCAAUCAUGCAGAGUUUAUUCAAGUAGGCAACUUUACUCUGAUCCUCAUGGAAAUUGCAAUGGCUUUUACUGGAUGAAUAGUGACGUUGCUUGUGACUUUUUAUAAAAGAAGCACCCAAUGUUUUUUAUGUAUAUAAUGUGUUCAGGAAUUUUGUAACAAUUUGUAAAAAUGUAGUAUUUUAUGGAGAAAAAUGUAAAAAAAAAAAAUGUUUUCGAGUACUGUUGUUGUGUGUUUUGUUUAUGUGUGCCUGUAGCACACCCCACUCUUUUUCAACUUUGAUUUUUUGCUGUUUGGCAAUGCACAUUGCAAUCUAGUUUUAGAAUUGUGCUGGUGUGACUUCAUCAGUCAUGGUAAACUGACAAAGUGUUAAAGGUAGUUUAAAAGGUCUUUAAAAAUAUUUUGGGGAUUUUGACUGUUCGUUUAGGUCAAGGAACUCAAAAUGGUGUUCUCAAUUGCCAUCUGUACCAGAGAGUGGGAGAUUAGGAAGCUGAAUAGUUUAUUGAUAAAACUUGUGUUAGGAGGGAGGAGGUUAGGUUCUUGGAGAAUUGUUCUGACAUCUGUUAACUCCGGGCCCCAUGGUGGAGUCAGGGAUCUGUCUGGGCCACUCAAGGACAUUCACAGAGUUGUUUCUAAACUGCUCCUUUGUUGUCUUGGCUGUGUGUUUAGGACCAUUUUCUUGUUGAAAGGUAAAAAGAACUAAG